AUGGCUGGACGAAAUCCAACGCGGCCUGGCAGCGGUAGCUCGUCUCCGCACCCUCAUCAGCCUGCCCAGCCUAGUACCCUGCGGCAGAGCCACACGCCCGCGAGCCGCCCCGUCAGCUACGUCGGCAUCGACGACGACGACGACGACGACGACAAAUCCGCCGACGAUGCUGACUACCAGGUGCCCGCCCCCUCUGACCGCCGCGUCGGCGACUCCGAGGACACCCCGUUGCUCAUCACCGCGACCGAGACCAGCGCGCACCCCGGCGAGUGCGACCACGGCACCUUUAGCCCCCGCGCGUCGACUCCGAUGGGCGCGCAGGAGCUCGAACGCCACAUUGACCGCAUGCAGGGCUCCGAGGACUGGAAGUCGUGGCUGAAGCAGCGCAUCCGGACCAAGAAAAUGGGCACGUCAAGCGAGCUCGCGCAGCAAGCGGGCGUUCGCGACAACCCAGUCAUGUACCUGUCAUAUUACGUGCCGUGCUUGAUUUGGAUGCGGAAAUACAAAUUGUCCUAUCUGCAAGGCGAUGUUGUGGCGGCCAUCACCAUGGCGUCCUUUUACCUGCCCAUGGCCCUCUCGCUCGCCGCCAACCUCGCACACGUGUCGCCCCUCAACGGCCUGUACUCGUUCGUCUUCAACCCCUUCAUCUACGCGAUCCUCGGCUCCUCGUCGCAGAUGGUCGUAGGCCCCGAGGCGGCGGGCUCCCUGCUCGUCGGCUCCGUCGUCAAGUCCAGCGUCGACGCCGGCGGCCUCGAGGACAACGACCUCGUCCACACGCAAAUUGCGGGCGUCGUCGCCGGCAUAGCGGGCGCCAUGGUCCUCAUUGCCGGUCUGGCGCGCCUCGGCUUCCUCGACUCCGUCCUCAGCAGGCCCUUCCUGCGGGGCUUCAUCAGCGCCAUUGGCUUCGUCAUCGCCGUCGACCAGCUGAUUCCCGAGUUGGGUUUGGGCAGACUCGCAGACGAUCUGGAGGUCAGCCACAGCAGCAGCGUGGAAAAGAUUGCCUUUAUCGUCGAGCACUGGGACGAGGUGCACCGUGCCACCUUUGCUGUUGCGGGAGUCAGUUUCUUAGUCAUUAUGUUUUUCCGUGAAAUGAAACGUCGCUUGGAACCCCGGUAUCCCUCUGUCGUGUUUGUUCCGGACCGAUUCGUCGUCGUUGUGGCAUCUGCCAUCUUGUGCUGGUACUACGAGUGGGACAAGAGCGGCGUCGAGAUUCUCGGCGCCGUAAAGUCGGCCACCGGGAACCUCUUUGCCUUUCGUUGGCCGUUCAAACUCUCUCACAUGCGUCACAUACGCUCAGCCAUGUCGACCUCGUUUCUCAUUGCCCUGCUCGGCUUCUUUGAGUCGUCUGUUGCGGCCAAGAGUCUCGGCAACAGCAGCAUCCCCGGCAUGGAGCUUAGUGCCAAUCGCGAAAUGAUUGCUCUGGGUGUAGCAAACGUUGUCGGCUCUUGCUUCAUGAGCCUUCCUGCCUUUGGUGGCUACGGACGCAGCAAAGUCAACAAGACGACGGGCGGCAAGACGCCCAUGAGCUCCAUUGUGCUGAGCUUCAUUUCCCUACUUUCCGUGCUUUUCCUCUUGCCAUACUUUUACUUUUUGCCGAAACCCGUUCUGUGCUCCAUGAUUUCUGUCGUUGCUUGGUCGCUGAUAGAAGAAGCACCGCACGACAUUAAAUUCUUCAUCAGGAUCCGCGGCUGGACUGAGCUAGGUCUCAUGUCCAUCAUCUUCCUUUCCACCAUUUUCUACUCGCUGACUCUCGGCAUGGCGCUGGGCGUCGGCAUCUCGCUGCUCAUGGUCAUCAAGCACAGUACGCGCCCUCGCAUCCAAAUUCUCGGCCGCAUCCCCGGCACGCAGCAUUUCGAAAACGCCGAGGCCGCGCCGCACAAUCUUGAGUUCAUCGAGGGGUGCCUCAUUGUCAAGAUACCCGAGCCGCUCACCUUUGCCAACACGGGCGAGCUCAAGUCGCGCCUACGCCGUCUCGAGCUCUACGGCACGCCCGCGGCACACCCGGCGCUGCCGCGCAUCCGCAGCCACGACGCCAACCGCAACAUCAUAUUUGACAUUCACGGCGUCACGUCGAUUGACGGCUCCGGCACGCAGGUCCUCGAGGAAAUCGUGCGCAGCUACCGGGAGCGCGGCGUUCGCGUCUUCUUCUCGCGCAUGCCCGGCGGCGCGAACCAUCCCGUCUGGCACCUCAUGGUCAGCAGCGGCAUCGUGCGCCUCUGCGGGGAGGGCCACUUUGUCAAGAACGUGGAGGAGGCGCUGCUGAUGACUGAGUACGAAGAAAGCAUUGAGGAUGCUAGAAGUAGCCUUGCUUGA